AUGUUUUACUUCACAGAGAUGGUCAGGUACAUUCAAAUACGAUAUUCGCAAGGGGAGGAACUCAAGCUUCUCUUUUGUCUCGGUACCAUUAUAUGGAGAGCUCUUGAUUAUGGACUUCAAGAAUACGAAGAAAAAAAUCUUAGUCCGGAUCUCGAUCGAUUAAUUGAUCUAAUGACGUCUGCUGAGGAUGAAAAUCCGAAUAUCCAUCAAGAAACAGACGAUGAAGGAAUCGAAAGAGAUUCUGGUGAUAACGAUGAAGAUCCUAGUCUUUCCAUGCGAUUAGCAACUUUUGAUUUAGUCAUUAAACAUUGCAUGGAGAGAUUGGGUAAACCGACAUCACAACAAGCUGACGCACAUUAUAGAGCCGUUAUCAGAGCCCUUGUUGCAGAAGCAUUAGAAUUAUCAACUUUUCUGGAAAAGGUAUCUCAAGGCACGGAUGAACUUAAAACUAAGACUGAAACUACUUCGAAAGAAUUGGAUCAAUUGGAAUUUUCUGAUUGGGCCAGAUUAUGGGUGCAAGUGAUAAGGGAACUUAGGAAUGGGGUUAAAUUAAAAAAAGUUGAUUACAACAGGACUCCGAUUGAGUUUGAAUUAACUCCGUACGAAAUUUUAAUGGACGACAUAAGGUCCAGAAGGUAUAAAUUAAAUAAAAUAAUGGUCGAUGGUGACAUUCCUCACAAGGUUAAAAAAGAUGCUCAUGCAAUUAUAUUGGAAUUCAUAAGAUCGAGACCUCCGCUGAAAAAGGCUUCGGAAAGAAAGUUAAGACCCGCAAUUAGUCGUCCCUCAACUCCUCGGGAAAUGUUGUUGGAUUCAAUUAAACAGGGUCAAACACUUAGACCAUCAUUGAGUCCGAUUAAGAAAAAAGAAAACAAAAAUAAUAAUUCCUCGGAUGAAAAUCAAACGCAAAGAAGGCUCAUACACGUUGAUUUUUCCGUUCUUAAGGAUCACGUUGAAGAAGAGAAAAAAGGAUUAAGGGAAAAUCAUUCUUAUAUGAGGACAGGUAUCAUAACGCGAGACGAAUACCAUCGCUACUGUGACCAGGCACUGGAGUCUUACGAUUUGGCAACUCAGUGUCCGACGAGACGGGCAUCGGUUAAAAAAUACACAUCGGAUAAUUCGGAUCGUAUCGGGAAUAAUUCAUAUUCCAGACCACAUUCCAGACAGUCUGAUACGAACACGACAAAUUCGAUAUCACCGAGUUCGGAAGAAUUGGCCAAUCUCGGAUCUACAAUACCCGAAAUGUCUUGGUCUAGGACUUCGUUACAAGAAGAUCUCUUUCAAUCGAAAACGUGGGUUCAAGAAUGUCUUUCUUUGACUCUGGAAGAAAUUGUACACAUCAGGAGCGUGUUGACCAAAGCCGAAUUGGAAGCUCUUCCCGUUGAUGGUCACGUUAAAGAAGAUGUCGAAAAGCGAAAAGUUUGUUUUUUAUGUUUAAAAACGAGAUUUAGUAUUUUCGGUCCCUGGGGACAAAAAUGUAGGCUUUGUAAGAGAACGGUUUGCGGUAAAUGUUACUCAAAGAUGAGAAUUCCCACAGAGCAUUUUGCUCACGUACCAGUUGUAGCUUUAAGUCCUUCCCUAUUUAAUUCUUCUGACGAUGAUCCCGAUGGUCUAUUGAGAUCCGUUGGUUCGAGACUUUUAACUCCGGAGCCACGAAAUUCGGUCGGAAGCGCCCCUUCUAGUCCGCAUCUUACAAGGGGAGAAUCAGCAUCCGCUCCGGGUUCGAGAGUCGAAUCACGUGCCGGUGAUGGACCCCAAUCACUUCCGGCGGGUUCUCCAUCUCUUCCAUAUGAAAAAAGAGGGAAAAUGAUGAGAUCAAAAACUCUCGGUCGACCGGAUCCGGCAGCAGAAAAAUUAAAAGGAUUGGAAAUGAGUGUUUGUUACGAUUGUAAAGCCAUGGUCAUACAAAUAAUUAAAUCAUCUCGCACUAAUAGAACAAAUACAAUCAGAAAUUUCACUCUUAAUUUAUCACCCGUUUAUUAA